AUGUCGUUCAAGAUUUAUUGGGACAGCGCACCCAAACCCGAGUUCAUCGGCGACAUCGCCAUCACUGCGCUCACCCUUGGCGACAAGGCGCCCGAGGUGCGGCUCAUAGACGUAUCAGACCCGCCCGCACACUUCUCCUCUCUGCCCACAGUGAACGACGCCCCUUCUUCGUUGGACAGCCCGGCCACCACAGCGCGGUCCGUGCCAGCACCACCAGCUGUCGGCAGUUCGACGGGAGCGACCGGCACAUCGUCAUCAUCGUCAUCGUCAUCGUCGUCAUCCUCUUCAUCAUCAACGACGACCGAGGAACCUGAGGUGAAGGCCACCGACAUGGACAUGAUGAUCAAGGUGUUUCUGGAGUACUCUGGCACUGCCAAGUUGACCAUGCGGUGUCUGAUCUCUUUGGUGAACUGGCCUCGACCUCGCACCGUGUGUCUUCCGGUCACCUUCACACUUUCCGACUUUCACUUCGAAGGUGUGGUGUGCGCAAUCCACCACGCGAACAAGGUGCAUUUCUGCUUUGACAAGCGGGAGGGCGACGAUGUGGGUCCGCUGAAGAGCCUCAAGAUCGAGGCCCAGAUCGGCGACAGCACGCAGCAGGUGCUCAAGAACCUGGAGAAGGUGGAGAACUUCAUCGUCGGCAUGCUCAAGAAGCUCAUCAAGGAUCGCCUCAUAUUUCCCAACUUCAUCACAGUUCUCGAUCAGACCAACAAAGCCCACUGA